GUGGAGGGGCCGUCAGUAUGUAGUCAGCCAUGGCCAUGACUUGAGUUAGCAAGAUGGCGGUCCGCCGAUGAUGGCCUCAGCAGCGAGCGAGAGAUGGCCACAAGCGAAUUUUUAUUGUACUUUGCGAGCCGCUGUCGGAUUUUCAAGUUAUUUUUGGAACAGUUUCCUCCAAUACCGGCCAUAUAGCUGUUCUACACUAGUGCUAUAGUGUGCGGCUUUGGUGUGCGUGGUUAGUGGUAGUGAAACAAAAGUACUCGUACGAAGAGGGGCCUACACUUUUGGAUUACUGGCCCAAGUGCACAUAACCAACAAAUAUAAUGCGUGAAUUUAAAGUGGUGGUGCUGGGCUCUGGUGGGGUCGGCAAGAGUGCCCUAACGGUGCAGUUCGUUUCGGGCUGCUUUAUGGAAAAGUAUGACCCGACCAUCGAGGACUUCUACCGCAAGGAGAUCGAGGUGGAGAACACCCCGUGCGUUCUGGAGAUCCUGGACACAGCCGGGACCGAACAGUUCGCCAGCAUGCGGGACCUGUAUAUCAAGAACGGGCAAGGCUUCGUCGUGGUGUACAGUCUGACAAACCACCAGACGUUCCAGGACAUCAAGACCAUGAAGGAGCUCAUCACGAGGGUCAAGGGCACGGAACGGGUGCCGAUCCUGCUCGUAGCCAACAAAGUGGACCUGGAGCACCAGCGGGAGGUGUCGACGGUCGAGGGGAACCACCUGGCGCAAAUCUGGGGCUGCCCAUUCCUCGAGGCUAGUGCCAAAAGCAGGACAUAUGUAAAUGACGUGUUUGCCGAAAUCGUACGCGAGAUGAACUUUAAUCCAGAGAAGGAAAAGAAAAGUUACUGUUGCUGCACAGUGCUUUAGUGUUUUUUUGUGAUUACUAUAGGACAAGAUUUUUUAUUUUAUUAUUUGUGCCAGCUCACACUAUUUUUCAAGAAAGAAACGGUGUGUGUUCCUCGGUUUCUUAGCAGUUGUUAAUUUUGUUGUCUGAAAUGCAUGUUGCGCCCGAUGCAAUCUACAUGCUAGACCAAAACUAAGUUAUUUAAUUACACAUGACACAUGGCAUGCUUCAAAAUUUUUACAGUGAUUCGAUCUUUUUAUCAUGCUUGUCUAAAAUAAAGGCACUAUCAGUUGUACAGAGCUAGUUUUUGAAUUUAAUUGAGCUUACUAAUUUCAAAGUCAUUUAUUUUAUUCUGAUUAUUGAUAUAGCCAACAAGAACUGCUUUAGGCUUAGUGAUAAGUUUUUAGACAGCAUUUGGAACCAGCAUACAAUCCAUCUUUACUUGGUGGUGCAUCACAUCAUCUUAUUAUGUGGUGCUGCACAAUUUUCUCUUUUAUUGUUGACAAAUGUAUUUUUUUACCACAGUGUUUCAUGGCCUAUACAUCUGCAGAUUCAGUGCUGAUAUUUUGGAGGGAAUCCAGAAACUUUGUGAAUAACACAUCCUUUUCUUUCUUCACCCUAAGUGUUAUUUGUUGUCUGAUGUCACAGGUUAAUGUAAAUAUGUGUAAAUCUGAAAGGUUCCAUUUCUGAUUGAGAUCUAUUCUAUGCUACAGCUUAAGUUACCAGUAAUGUAUUGCCCUGCUGUCAAAGUCUGUUCAGUGAUUGUUUCACUGCUCCUUUUGUUGGUUGCUGUGUUAAUUUAAUGAAAGCAGGGUGCAGUGACCAUAAACACUUAGUUUAAGUUGGUGUUUUCAGAUCAAAUAGGAGCCGAGAUUUAGGCCUAACUUUGUACACUUUUUGUACAUUCUGUUAGAUUCUGAUCACAUAUCUGUAUGAAGACAUGUUUAUCAGGUAAAGCAUUCUGAAAGGCUGCAGGUUGACAGGCCCUGAUUUUUAUUUCAUUAGAUAUCAUGGUGAACUUUUGGUCAUGUGAAUUGUAUAUUUGCUAUUGGUGCAAAAAAUUGUUUUUAUACAAAUUCUAGGCAUUCUAGGGUAUUAUAUAUAUUUUUUUAAUUGCCAAUGUGAAAGACUUACAAUGUAGCAUUGUGUUGUGUGAUGUGUCUACAACCUUUCGGGUGAUGGCUUGUCCUUUUUAAUGAGAUGAUCAUUAUUUUGGUUCUUUGCCUAUGUGUAAAGAAAUUAACCCUUUCAAUUCUGUGAUUGCCCUGUUAAUCUGUGUGAUCAGAUUCUCUCAGGAAAGAAGUAGAAGUGGUCAAAAUUUUUGUAUGUACUUUUUCAUGAAAAGUGUUAUAUCAGUGUGUGGAUUGUUGAUUAGCUUUUACUUGAUAUUUUAAUCCACUCGCCAUUUUUCUAAGCCUAAUUGUGAAUUUUGAUUGUAAAAGUUAUUUAAAAGCCAUCACCCUGAUCCAAACUUUCAUCUUUUAAUUUGUAUAGCGAGAUAAAUUUUUUGUCCCUGGGGACCUGCAUUUCAUGUUGCAUUUCAUUCUGUUCUUUUGCCCUCAACUGACAUUGUCCGGUUCCACUUACGUCAUUUAUAAUACUCCAGGAGCUGCUGUUAGUCAUAAUCAUUCUAGUGAAACAAUUCCAAUGUCCAGGCAUGAUAUUUGAUCUGUUUUCUUACUUCUAUUUCAAGAUUUCAUUCAUUUUGUCUCUGCUGAUUACUGUUUUAUGGUUGGUUAGACCUAACAGCAUUAAAAGAGAAAAUUAAAAUGUAACGUUUUGGAAUGUAUGAUUUCUAGAUACUAGAAUGAAUCAGUGAGAGGCAGUAGUAUUAGGUUUUGCUCAAAAUCAUUCUUUGAAGUGUUAAAUUGUCGUGCAUUGGAAUGUGUUGAAUGGAGUACCUGGGAAAUGCUCUGAUCCACUGCUAUUACUUGAGUCAAGCAUGUGGCAUUUUAUUGAAGUAGAGAGAUGAAAAGUUAAGUGGGACUUGUGACAUUGCUGAUACGUUGGUGCUUUGUUUCUUUUUUUGUUUAUUUUUUUAAAAGAAAGUUUUUAUUACUUUAAUGUUGAAUAGUAAGAAUUGUACAUUACAGUUCUCAGUGUAAUAUUUUUUAUUAGUGAUACAUAUGUGUGAAACAAAUGUACAUAUGAUAAAUUAGAUAAUUUUUGUGUAUGAUGAGAUGAUUUUUAACAAAAGUGUAUUUAACAGUGACCUUUUGGGUAACUUUUUAUACAGUGUCAAUUUUGUAAGAAAGUGUCAUUGCGAAUCAUGGAUUAGUGUUGGUUGGUUUUCCUGAAGGUUGAGUUGAGCCUACAGUGUUGUGCAAUAAGCCAACUUCAGUGUUAAUCUGUGAGUGAACCGGGAUCAAGACAGUUGUGAUGGAUAAGUUUCCUUGUGUGACAACUUUGGAUAUCAUAUCGCCAAAUCAGGAUUAUCACUAUAUCAGGUAUGCCUACUUCUUUAAAAAAAAUAUAAAAACUAAGACUAUCUUGAGCGGUAUUGUGAGGAUAUGUGGUUUUGUGAGCUUUCUCUAAUGGUAUAAUGAAAAAGAGAUUGAAGAGUCAUGUCUAUUAUACUCAGUGUAGCCAACUAUGAUGGCUGUGUAGUGUGUCCAAAGCUUUGUUCCAUGUACAUAUUUUUCAGAGGGAAUAAAGUUUUCCAUCUGUA